AUGACAUUCUUUUUUUUAAUUCGAACAGAUGCCAACGAACCACAUCGAGCUCGGUACGACACGGAUUAUAAAAUAAAAAGAAAAAAACACGUAUUAGAGAAACCGAUGUUCAUACAAACGGACAAUGCACAAAUGAAAAGGGCGGAUUUCUAUGGGUUCCCAAACGUAACAAAUCGACUAGCCGAUCUUCCUAAAUUCAAGCCCAUAUCAGAUGAACAGAUGUUAAAGAUUAAUGAAAUACUGAAUAGUCUGCCAUCAAGACUGCCAAAGAGGAAGGGUCGAGUUCUGACACCUCUAAAAACUAUCAUAAAUGACAUUCCAACAACGACAGAACCUCCAACAUCUGACGACAGGCAAGAUGAGAAACGAUGUCCUCAAGGAGGGACCUGUGAGUUUUUUUUCUACUGUUGGAUGGUGGGAGGUUUACUUGAAGGCUCCUGUGGAGGAGUUUUGAAAGGUUGCUGUCAUAGAGUGGCGAAAGCUGGAAUUUUGGGAGUCCAGGAUUCUAAUAAUAUUGACUAUGUGAACGAAGGCCUAAGUUACGGACCGGUGGUGAAUGACGAAAGUAAGUCUUAA